GAACUGACUGGCUCGCAUCGAAUUGAAAACUGAAGCCAUGAAGGAGUUGGUGUUUGUCUUCCUACUGGUGAUAGAGGCAUCCUCCAAGUCUAACUGCACCCUAUGGAAGCUGGGCUGUGACUGUCCAAGAGACCACAAGUUUAUCAUGUGCUCUCACCUGAACCUUACCCAGCUUCCUAGUAGAGUACCUCCCUCCACUGAGCUCCUGGACCUUUCUGGCAACCUCAUCAUCAUCCUCCCCAAAAACAUCUUCAGCACAAACCGUAAGCUGAGAGUGCUGCUGAUGCAGGACAACAAUAUCAGUGUAAUAGAGGACAACAGCUUCUCUCAGUUGGAGUUCUUGCAGAAGCUGGACCUGAGCCGGAACUGGAUCUCCUCCCUGACCAAAGGGUUCUCGAUCGGACUGGCCUUUCUGAAGGAGCUACAACUGUCCCACAACAAGCUGAGCAGCCUGGACAGCAACAGCUUCUUUUACUUGGAAGGCCUGCAAAAGUUAAACCUCACCAACAACAGCAUCCAGAGCAUCCAGGUGAGAUCGUUCUUCACUUUGAGCAGCCUGCGGCAGCUCCAUCUGAAGGACAACAAGCUAACCUCUCUGAGGAGCGGCACCUUCUCUAUGCUGCGCUCCCUGGAGGUCCUCAACCUGGCCGGGAAUCAGAUCAGCAAGAUGGAAACGGUUGUGUUCAGUCCUCUCACCAGCAUGACAUUAUUAAACUUAACUAACAACUGUCUUUCCACAGUCAGUUUCAAGACCUUCUUGAGCAUCCACACUUACAGCACUCACAUCCUGCUGCAGGGCAACCCCUGGAACUGCGACUGCGAGUUGCACAGAGUCUUCCAAAAGCUGCACAGCAUCCAGAGACUGUUCCUGGAUGACUACUCAAACCUGACAUGCAUGGAGCCACCUGUUCUCCGGAACCACCUACUGAUGGACGUGGACAGCGAGCUGUGCAUAGCUGAGACAGUCACCGUGCUCAUCAUCACUAUCACUGUGGCGAUCACCGUUCUAGCUGCCAUGUUGAUGGGCGAAAGGAAGAAGAAGAAGAAGAAGAGGAGGAAUGGGAUGCAAUGGACACAGCAGGGGGACAUUUCAGAUGAGUCAGACUUCUGAAGCAUCUUCUCACAUUUAGUUCAUUUUCUCACUCUUUUAGAAGAUGUUUUCUCCAACAAGGCUCUAUUUAACUGGAGUUCUGAUUUUUAAAAAGUAGAAACAUAUGUGAAUAAAAAAACUUGGUUUAAAAAAGAUGUUAUGA